CAGGUUUGUGACUCUUGAGGUAGAGCCGGAUGUUCUGGUUCUGUUGAUGAUUUGUUAUGUUGCAAUGAAUAACUGAUUUUACUUUAUUCUACCUGCUCAGGUGUGACAAAGACGAUGAACAACAUGGAGUCCAUCCCGGAUCUGAUCAAGAAGAAGAGAGACGGAAAGGAGCUGUGUGACCAGGAAAUCAAAACUUUCAUCCAGGCCGUGACCAACAAAACCAUUCAGGAAUGUCAGAUCGGGGCCAUGCUGAUGGCGAUCUGGCAGAAGGGGAUGGUCAACACGGAGACCACGACCCUGACCCGAGAGAUGAUGUCAUCGGGGGAGGUGAUGUCAUGGCCAAAGGAGUGGGAGGGGCAUGUAGUUGAUAAACACUCAACAGGAGGGGUGGGAGAUAAAGUCAGUCUGGUGUUAGCGCCGGCGCUAGCUGCCUGUGGAUGCAAGGUGCCUAUGAUCAGUGGGCGGGGCUUAGCUCAUACAGGAGGAACUCUGGAUAAACUGGAAUCAAUCCCAGGAUACAACAUCCAGCAAACAGCGACAGAGAUUCUGGAGAUCCUGGAAUCGGUGGGCUGUUGCAUUGUGGGUCAGACGGAGACGUUGGUUCCCGCAGAUCGAGUCCUGUAUGCCCUGCGGGACGCCACCAGCACUGUGGACAGUUUACCCCUGAUUACUGGAUCCAUCAUCUCAAAGAAAGGCGCAGAGUCUCUGUCCGCUCUGGUUCUGGAUGUGAAGUUUGGUCGAGCCGCUCUCUAUAAAGACCUGCAGAGUGCUAAAGAAUUAGCCCAGUCUCUCGUGAACGCAGGAAACGGCCUGGGCAUGCGUACAGGGGCGGUGCUUAGCUGUAUGGAUGCUACGAUUGGUCGAUUUGUAGGAAACAGCCUGGAGGUGAUCGAGUCUUUGGAGACGCUGAAGGGAAGAGGACCCGCCGACCUGAUGGAGCUCGUCACGACUUUGGGCGGCGGUUUGUUGACGAUGAUCGGCUCGGCGUCCGACCUAUCAGAGGGCAGAAAGAAGAUUUCCGAGGCUGUGAUUGGUGGAGCCGCUCUGUCUAAAUUCCAGGCCAUGAUGGAGAAACAGGGCGUGGCCAAAGAGACGGCUCGCUCGCUUUGCUCCGCCCACUCAGAUUACUACAGCGUCCUGAGAAAAGCCAAACAUCAGAAGGAACUGAAGACGUCAGCAGAGGGUGUCGCCGUGGACUUCGACGGUUUGGUGCUCGCUGAAAUUCUUCACAAAUUGGGGGCGGGGCGAUCAAAGGCCGGAGAACCUGUCAAUCACAGCGUGGGGGCGGAGCUACUGGUGUCACUCGGUCAGAGGGUUGUGAAAGGCGAGCCCUGGCUGCGGCUGCACUACGAGGAUCCCGCUCCGACUCCAGACCAGAUCAGUCGACUGCAGAGCGCGCUCGCUGUGGGGAAAUAUGACGACGCACAAACACAACACAAAACGUCAUUAGUGAAGGAACUAAUGCUAAACUGAAUAUCCAGACUCCCUUCAUGUUUGAAUUUUAAAAUUUGAAUCAAGUAAGAAAUGUUAUGAUUAACAAUUUUAACGGCAGAUUUUAACGCAACAAAAGCCCAAAAAUAAUAAAUGUCAAGCUGCAAAACUACAGUUUAAAAGUAUCCUC